CGGCUCCGACGGCGCGCCCGGACGCAGCGCCGUUCUUUGCUCCGGGGGUCGCCUUCGCUGGUGCGCGGGCUCGCCAUGGCCCUGCCCGGGCACCGCCAGGCGCCGCCGCCGCCACCUCCUCCACCGCCACCUCCAUCGCCGGCUCCUCUUCCUCCUCUUCUUCAGUAAAGCCGGCAAAAGAAGGACGGCCGGCAGCCAGUUGUGAAGGCUUCUAUUUUCUCCACUUCCCUUAGCAAGGAAUGCUGUGACUGUGGAUGGUCCAGAAAGCUGCCCGAGGAAGGAGAGCCAGCGCCAGCCCUGGGCUAAAAUAACCAGACUGGAAAAGAGCAGAGGGUGGGGGAAGCAAAACACCCAAAAGAAAACAGCUACAUAACCCAUAUAUCCCCUCGCAACAUCUUCACACAUUGCUGUGCCUUGUUGAGAAAUACAGCUGUACAAGUCCCACACACAGGAACCACGCAGUGUGUCUGUUUUCCCUUGCCACCAUGUGUCAUCGUCCUUGGCAGAAUUAAGAAGCAGCCAGUGGCCUUUUGGACGGGCGAGGAAGAAGAAGAGCAAGCAAACCUCAGAACCCGUCUCCGAACAUCUGUGCUGUUUUUGCACUGAACAACGUUGUAAAAUAGAGGUUUAAAAAAGGGCGUGAGUGGGAAGAAAAAAAAAGGAACUUCUAGGGGAUUCUCCUACUUUUUUUCCCCUUGCAAACAAAUAUAGAUAUAUAUAUAUAUAUAUAAGGGAGUGCCCCACACAGAUUUUUUUUCCUGUUCUCGAUAUUGCACGCGGACAUUCACUUGCACCAACCAUGAUGUUUCGAGACCAGGUUGGAGUAUUGGCAGGUUGGUUCAAAGGCUGGAAUGAAUGUGAACAGACAGUUGCUUUGCUUUCCUUACUGAAGAGAGUGACUCGGAGCCAGGCCCGUUUCCUUCAGCUCUGCCUUGAGCAUUCCCUGGCCGACUGCACAGAACUGCACGUUCUGGAAAACGAAGCCAACAGCCCUGGAAUCAUUAACCAGUGGCAGCAAGAAUCAAAGGACAAAGUGAUUUCUCUAUUGCUCACCCACCUGCCUUUGCUGAAGCCAGGGAAUAUUGAAGGAAAAGUGGAGUACAUGAAGCUCCUUCCCAAAAUCCUGGCUCACUCAAUUGAACACAACCAACACAUAGAGGAGAGCAGGCAACUCCUGUCCUAUGCUUUGAUCCAUCCUGCCACAUCCCUGGAGGACAGGAGUGCUCUUGCCAUGUGGUUGAACCACUUGGAGGACCGCACGUCGGGUACCUUUGGCAGCCAAAACAGAGGCCGGUCUGACUCGGUGGAUUAUGGGCAGUCUCAUUACUAUCACCAAAGACAGAACUCGGAUGAUAAACUCAACGGGUGGCAGAGCUCUCGGGAUUCUGGCAUAUGUGUGAAUGCCUCCAGCUGGCAAGAUAAAAACUUGGGGUGUGAGAAUGGCCACCUCCCCCUCUAUUCCUCGUCCUCGGUUCCUGCAACCAUCAACACGAUUGGGACUGGUACAGGCACAAUUCUCUCAAGUCAGACCCACCACAGCCCUCUGAAACGGUCUGUGUCCCUCACCCCACCCAUGACUGUGCCUAGCCAGCCCCUUGGACACGGAUGGAUGUCUCAUGAGGACUUGCGGGAUAGGGGACCCCAGGGCAUCCCUUCCGAUCAUGCCCCCCUGUCUCCGCAAAGCAGUGUAGCGUCUUCAGGCAGUGGUGGGAGUGAACAUUUAGAAGAUCAGACUUCUACUCGUAACACAUUCCAGGAAGAAGGGAGUGGUAUGAAAGAUGUUCCUGCCUGGCUCAAAAGCCUGCGUCUCCACAAGUAUGCUGCCCUUUUUUCCCAGAUGACCUACGAUGAAAUGAUGUCCUUGACUGAAUGUCAUCUUGAGGCUCAAAAUGUUACCAAAGGUGCAAGGCAUAAGAUUGUGAUCAGUAUCCAAAAGCUAAAAGAGAGGCAGAAUCUCCUCAAAUCCUUGGAAAGAGUCACCUCACUGGUUUGUACCCAGCUCCUUGUCUCCAGACCUGAUGAGGAGAAUAUAAGCUCCUAUUUACAGCUCAUAGACAAAUGCCUAAUUCAUGAGGCAUUUACCGAGACACAGAAGAAAAGACUGUUGUCAUGGAAACAGCAGGUGCAAAAACUAUUCAGGUCUUUCCCUCGCAAAUCCAUCUUAGACCUCUCGGGAUACCGGCAGCAAAGAACCCGAGGUUUUGGCCAGUCAAACUCCUUACCGACAGCUGGAUCUGCAGGUGCAGGAAUGGGCAGAAGAAACCCACGCCAAUUCCAAAUUCCCUCUCGAAAUCUCCCCACUACACGGCUGGGGCUUUUGGGUCCCAGUGGCCUCCUAGGUGCCAGCCAGCGCAAUGGAGCUGCCAACCCCACCAUCUUAAAGCAAGGAAGACAGAAUCUUUGGUUUGCAAAUCCAGGAGGAAGUAACAGUAUGCCCAGCCGAAGCCAUAGUUCUGUACAGAGGACCCGUUCACUGCCCGUCCACACCUCUCCUCAGACCAUGCUUAUGUUUCAGCAACCUGAGUUCCAGGUCCCAGUGACAGAACCUGAUAUCAAUAAUAGGCUGGAGUCCUUGUGCCUGAGUAUGACUGAACAUGCCCUAGGAGAUGGUGUUGACAGAAUCUGGGGGCGGUGUUAA